AUGAGGAAAACCUCUGAGGAUUGUCUCACUUUGUCUCCAGACUGGAAAGUAGAAGAUGAGGACAUCACACAGUAUAGUCCAGGAGAAAACCCGGCUCCCUCCAAUGUCCAUCCGGCACCACCCAGUGUAGAUGGACCAUCGGAUUCCUCGUAUCCUGAGGAACCUCAGACUGUGCGGGACCGGGCCGAUCUUCCAACAGUGAAGAGCUUCUCCUGUACUGAGUGUGGGAAAUGUUUCCGUUCUAAAUCCAAACUUAUACUGCAUCAGAGGUCUCACACGCGGAAGAAGUCAUAUUCCUGUCCUGAGUGCGGGAAAUGCUUUCCAGAGAAGUCCAAUCUUUCCGCACAUCAGAAAUCCCACACAGGGAAGAAGUCAUAUUCCUGUCCUGAGUGCGGGAAAUAUUUUUCAAAUAAGGCACUUCUUCACAGACAUCUGAGGUCUCACACGGGUGAGAAGCCGUUUUCUUGUUCUGAGUGCGGGAAAUGUUUUUCAAUGAAGUCACAUCUUUCCAGACAUCAGGGAUUGCACAUGGCCGAGAAGCCGUAUUCUUGUCCUGAGUGCGGAAAAUGUUUUUCAUGUAAAUCCAGUCUUUUCAGACACCAGAGACUGCACACGGGGGAAAUUGAGUGCGGAAAAUGUUUUUCAAAUAAGUCCAGUCUUUCCUAUCAUCAGAGUUCGCACAUGGAUGAGAAGCCAUAUUCCUGUCCUGAGUGCGGGAUGUGCUUUCCACAAAAAUCAGAGCUUGUCAGACAUCAGAGAUCUCACACGGGGGAAAAACCGUAUUCCUGUGCUGAGUGCGGGAAAUGUUUUUCAGACAAGUCCACUCAAAAGAGACAUCAGAGAUUACACACGGGUGAGAAGCCGUAUUCCUGUCCUGAGUGCGGGAAAUGUUUUUCAAGGAAAUCACAUCUUUCCAGACAUCAGAAAUCGCACACAGGGAAGAAGCCGUAUUCCUGUCCUGAGUGCGGGAAAUGUUUUUCAGAGAAGUCCCAUCUUUCCAGACAUCAGAGAUCUCACACGGGGGAUAAUCCACUUUCCGGUCCUGAGUGA